AAAUGAAUGGAUUGAUCCAACACGCUUCAGUAUUUUCGCGAAAAUUGAAUAGCACAAAUCAUUCAUUUGUGGCAAAUAAUACGUUGAAUCUGUUUUUACUACACUGUGCUGCAAAAUGAUGAAUGUUUCAACCCUUACGGUGCUAUUGGUCUGCGUAAUAUUGGAGUGUGCGCAUUCGGCCUCCUUAGAACGGGGUUGGGAAAGAUUGUCGCCGAGAAGCAAACGUUCAGCGGUGAAUAGAGUCAGUGUAGUCGAAAGCUGGAACUCCGUCUGUGAAGAAGUGUGUAGUGCCGGCUACGGCGGCCUCGGAUGUGGAUGUAGUGCUCAAGCUUCAGGCUACAGUGAUAAAUUCAACAAAAUUUGUCCAAAUCUUUGCGAGAAUGCUCUAGGCACUACAAAAUGCAGCUGUGAAUCAUCACACUUAAAUCCUCACUUACCAUCUGCACGAAAGUCACUGUGCUCUGCGACAUGUAGCUGGAAGAAGUCGUUGAGUGGUUGCUCGAAAUGUUUUAGAGAAGACGUAAGUACAACAGACGGAGACGAUUCACCGACAACUACUGAUGAAAUCACCGACGAGUACGGUACUACUAAUACAACUGACACAGAAGCUACGGUCACUGAAGAAUAUUCAACGGAUGAGGAAGAUACAACAACCGAUUCAAACGAAGAUGAUUCAACAACCGAAGAGGCUACGACAACAAUAAGCACCACAACGACAACCCAACCGACAACAACGACAAGAACUACCACUCAAGCAACAACAACGACGACUCCGAAUUGGGAAUCCAUGUGUGAAGCUUUGUGUCGCAAUGGGGAAGGAGGAUCGUUAUGUAACUGCGACAUUCCGCCAUUUUUUUAAUUUGAAUUUAAUUUGAAAAUGGUUUGGUGGUUCACAGAUGUUCACCUAAAUCAUGUGAGUGUAAUUUGUCACAGAAUUGUUUCAGUUCUUUAUGUAAACUUAAUUUAAACAAAAUUUUAACUGAAAAUAUAUCACAAAGGGCUUCCAAAACAUCAAUUCAUUGUGAAGUAUUUUAUCGUAAUUGAAUACAACAACAACCAAAGAAAUUGUACAUAACAAAAAUGAAAUAUUUCACAUAAAUCGAAGAAGUAGAAUCGUUCUUAACAUAAGCAAAUUAAAAAUAUUUUCUUGGUGAAAAAAAUAAUAAUUUAUUUCUAAGUGAAUGUAAGAAGAGAUAAUGGUUUGUAUAGAAUCGCCAUAUCAAAUGAGAAUAUCAAGCGACUUACUAUGCAACAGAAGCUAUUUAUCCUGAUGCAGAUGAAAUAUACUGCUGGAAGAAAUGCUGUGAACGACAAUAAUAAAAAAAAUAGAAUUUUAAGGAAUAAAAUAAUUGGAAAAAUGAUUCAAUUAAACUGUAAUUUCACAAUAAAAUUUUUUAGCUUUUAACCAUUUAUCUCACACAUUAUAUGCGGUUGUAGGACCGAAUAAAUCUAUGGCUUAUAAAUGUUGUUGUUAUUGGCGCUUCAAAAUGCUUAAAAUAAAACUACUGUCAACACACUGUAUAUGUGCAAUAAAAAGUCAUUCAUUAUAAAUGUUAAAA